CGCCGAGCCGAGCCGAGCCGCGCCGGGACGGACGGGACGGGACGGGACAGGACGGGACCGCACCGAGCCGCGCCGCGCCGCGCCGGACCGAGUCGGGACGGGACGGGUCGGGUCGGGACUGCACCGCGCCGCGCCGCACCGCGCCGUCGCGAUGCAGAUGACCUUCUUCUUCUCGGAUAAGGUGGUGCUGCUCUUUGACUUCUGGAGCGUCCAUAGCCCCGGAGGGAUGGUGCUCUCCGUGCUCGUCAUCCUGUUGCUUUCCGUGCUUUAUGAAACUGUGAAGAUCGGCAAGGCCAAGGUGCUGCACCGGGCAAUGCUGGCCAUCCCGCGCAGCCUCAGCCAGGAGUCCUUGGCAGAGCAGGAUGAAGGGGCCGUUGACACCAGCGGCAGGCAGCAUGGCACCACGCAUGGAAGGUGGUUUCUGUACCACGUCAGCCAGACGCUGCUCCACGUGAUACAGGUGGUAGUGGGUUACAUGGUGAUGCUGGCCGUUAUGUCCUACAACGCCUGGAUCUUCCUCGGGGUGAUCAUGGGCUCUGCACUUGGUUACUUCGUGGUGUUCCCACUGCUCAACGUGGGCUAGAUGGGCUGGGAACCAUCCCCCUGCCACCGCUGUGGGGAGGCAGCCCUUUUCCUGGGAACGUGGCUGAAAAUGCUGGAGGAUGUGCCCAAGGCCUCCACCACUGCAACUGAGAUGAGGUCAAGAGGAAAUGUGACGUCUUAUCUUCUACUUUUCUUAAAUAGCUGCUGUCACUUCUGCUGGGUCUGUCCUUGUCCCCUUGCUGUGCAGAACAGCAGCCGAAGGACCUCCUGCUGUGACCCUUGCUGACGGCAGGACUGAGGUGGGGAAGAAGGCUCAGGGGGAGAAAAAUCCCAACUGAACUGCCUGCUACUGCUCUGCUGCACUGCCACACUCCCUCCCCACCAACCAUGCUGUCCUUGGCCACGUGGCCAUCCCCAUCUUGGAGACCUUUAGUCAUGGGACAGAGGGACCCACCGCAGCUCAGGGUGCAAGUUGAGUGGGUAGCGAGUCCGGCUGGGGGAUUGACUGGCUCUUAGAUGCUCAGUUUGUCUUUAUAAGAUGCUCAGGGAAGGAGAAGCUUUGGGGAGGGGCAGGAGAGGGGUUAUGGCGUGCAGACAUUGGCGUGCGCAGAGCAGAUCUCCCACCAGCCCCUUCACACUGUGCCUUUUGGGGUCCCGGAGAACAAGCCAUGCGCAAGCAUGCCCAGAUGCACAUUGCACUGUGGGCAGAGAUGUGGGUGGACUCCGACUCACCUCUGCACCUCAUUUUUAGCACCUCAGGGCCAAUGUAGCUGAAGAUGAGCUGCUGUCGCUGGGGUCUGCCUCUGCACUGACGCAUUCAGCGCGGCAAUGCCGAUGCAACAGAUAUUGCUGCUGGGUGCCUCUUGCUUCUUUCUAGAGAUGCCCAUUUUAAUAAAAGCACUUCAACACUUUG